AUGGGCGAAAUCAAGAAAGGAACUAUCAAGCACCGCAACAAGGAGGGCACCCUCGACGCAUCAGCCCUCCUCUGGCGCGCCCUCACCUCCGAGAAACCAGAGGUCAUGUGGAAAUACAUCACCAAAGACGCCGUCCUCUGCGAACCAGACCAAAGCGUCUACUCACCCCGAACCGAGCCCGCCCUCGAAGAGUAUCUCGAGGAGCAGUACGAGCCCUGGACCGCAUACAAGAUCCACGACGAGCCAGAGUUUGUCGAGAUCGAUCUCAUGGCUUCCGCCCUCAACUAUCGUGUUACUUGCUGGAAGCUGGUCAAUGGAGAGAUGCUGGCCACUGAUGCUUGGUGCCACAGUGUCUUUCGACAAGGUCCUGGAGGAGAUUGGAAGUGCUGUCUUCACCACAUGGCCAAGAUAUAA